GUUCUUCCUACUUACCUCAAUUUGCGUUCGACGUUCGUGGUCACGUAACCUCAGUUGACAUGGCCGCGAUUCAGGCUUCAAAGGAUUUUUCCCUCGGUAAGCCAUCAAAGAUAGGAAAUGUCGAACAUCCAAAGUUUAGGCCACAGCAAAACCUGUACGCGAGGUAUCAUCAGACAGAGUUUGGGGCACAGACGGUGAACGCCAGGUCGUAUCGUGAUCCUUGUUUUGAGCGCGAACCGUUCGUUGACUCGCUUAUUUAUUCUCUUAGUUUGGUCCUAUGGGUUUCACCCCAAAAUCAAUGGACGAGCCUGACAAACAGCGAACACAGAGAAACUCAGAUGCCACGCAGGCGUCUGAAAAGCCUACGCUCCAACAGUCUUGGGACAUUAUCAUGAAGACGGUAGAAAAUCUUGACCAGGAUUUAGUGAAGGGAUAUAAAGAGGACAUUGAUACCCUUUUAGUUUUCGCUGGAUUGUUUUCAGCAGUCGUAACAGCCUUCACUAUAGAAUCAUAUCAAUGGCUACAAGAAGACCCGCAGGAUACCACGGUUGUGCUUCUCAGGCAGAUUGCUCAGCAGAUGGGUGGCCAGUCUACGUCUGCAUCUCAACCCAUUAAUUUCAUCCCUUCCUCCUCGGCCGUCCGGAUCAACACGUUUUGGUUUCUCAGUCUCAUCCUUGCACUGGUCGAUGCCUUGUUCAGUCUACUGUGCAAGCAGUGGAUCCGGGAGCAUCAACGUCAAAUAAACACCCGUACGCCAGGUCAGGCGUUAGCCCUUCACUGGCUGCGUAAUCAGAGUUUCGAACGAUGGCAUGUCCCAACGAUUCUCGCAUCCCUCCCAAUCUUGCUCGAAAUCGCUCUCUUCCUGUUCUUUGCUGGAUUAUUAGAGCUGCUCUGGACCCAACAUCUUAUUCCUUUUGCUUUUGCUUUGGGUAUCGUUGGACUCGCCGUUUCGUUUUACCUGGUAACUACAAUACUUCCUGGCUUGAGUGUAAUCCAACAAGUUCUCCAACUUCAUCCCUUCAUUCCCUACCAUCGAAACGUUUUCCCGGACAUGAUCUUCAGCUUACCUCCAAUUCACUUCAUAUGCCCUUACAAAUCUCCGCAGUCGUGGUUUAUAUUCCGCCUUUGCUUUGCCGUGUGUCGUCUCCCGGGCUGCAGACAGCUUUUAUACUCCUUUGCAAAGUUUCGUCCUUCAAAGGAUGGCAACAUUGCCGUAUCUCAUCUCGACUUUAUGAUCAACAAGAAUAUCACCAACCUCUUCAACUGGCAGUCUCACGAUCUCAACGUCAUCCAGCGGUUCUCGAGGCUACGCUAUUGUCCCGACCUAUACGAACUGAAGGGCCUUCGAUGGUUUUUCCGAGAAACUCGAGACAUGCCAUCCGCGAUCCCGCAUCUGAGGAACGUGUUGAGACAGCUUCCUCCGCAUAUAGUUAUGCCCUCUAUAUUUGAUGAGUGGUUUCUACCAGUUGGUAAACCCAAGUGGACUGUAUCGGAUAUUGAUACUGCACUGGAAGAUGACCGUGACGGGGAUCUUGAUUUGUUCGAUCUCGGUGAUUCGGUCGGCGACGAUGAUGAUUUGGCUUUAUUCGGUGACCGAUCGUCAGCACAGAGUCUGGCUCUCGUUUCCCAGGUGCUUUCGUUCCAUCACUACUUGGCUGUGUAUGAGGACGCGUGGGGACCAUAUGACCAGGAAGGUGACCAUUUGGCGAAGGGAGCUCGUGAUUUGUGGGAUCAAAUAUUGACGGCGAGAGUGUUGCCGGGGAGAGAAGGAGGGAAUAAUCUAUUUUAUCGGCCUUCCUUCCAUCUCGAAGCUUUCCUCGUCCGAUUGUUACUCGUUCCAUCGAAUUCAAAACGAUGGCGCGGGAAGGUUAUGGAUUAUUUCACACAGCAGUGGGACAGCUUGGACGAUUCCUCUCAAGUCCAACUCAUCGGGAGAUUAACCAUGUCUAUUAUUUCCUUCCUCGAAUCGCCCGAUUCCGGCCACGAUGUAGGAUCAACGCUUUUGAUGUCCCGCUAUGGGUGCGAGUUUUUCACGUAUGUGAAUGACAAGUUACUUGGCAACAAGGCAGCAUUGCUCGGUGGCCCCAUGGACGAUUGGAUGGAACUAUCGAACCGUAUCCGACACUUGAAUAAGUUGCCACCGCACCAGUUUAAACCCAUGCCUGGAUACUUCCCUAUACCCUGUGCUGAGCUUGCAGAGCUCUUGGAGGAUAAUAGCUUGAAUCCCGACGUCCUUGGGCCAGUGUUGGAUUCCUAUGAGCAGUGGUGGUACAAUGCGGAGGAUUCUAGAAAGGAGGGACUUAUCCAGACACUGUCCAAUCACAUAAAUCAGGCUCGACUCAACACAUUGAAUACGGAACCGCUCCCACCUAGACAUCCUACUUCUCUUAUGAUGUCACAACGAGGCCUCCGGUUUCUGACGUUUUUGAACGAGAAGUUGGUUGAGGACCAUGCAAUUCGCCUUGUGUGGAAAGAAACCACUAUAGGCUCAUGGGUGGACGCUCUGGAGCGUACACAAGCUUUCUGCGGAUUACCAGCCGGAUAUUUCAAACCUACUUCGAAAAGUGGUUUAGGAAUAGACUUGCAGACUAAUAAUGGCGAAAUUGUGGUUGGGUAUCCGCCAAAGACAGAUACUGACGAUAUCAGCACUGUGGGCACGGCGAGAGGUAGUCGAAAUCUCGAGGCAUUGGGGAAUGAAGAUGGUCUUUUAUCUGCGAGCGACGGAGGGUUGGAUGAUCAGGGCGCCAUCGAGUUGAAGAGUGUACCGUUACCGCCUGGUGGUCCAACUGAAUAGCAGGCUCUUGUGGUUCAGGGAAGGAAUCAAGGCAGCAAUGGUCGGGUUUCAGGAGAGCCUAUCACGAGUGGAGAUCGACAGCGUGUAGAUGGAGGGCCAGGCGCCGAAAAUAACGUUUAGCGGCGACGUUCUGUUGUGUUGUAUGCAACCGGCAGGAUAGCGCGUGGGUGAACGGGUUAACGACCACAAAGACUCACAGAGUCCGUUCCCGAUAAAUCUAGUAACAUGGCCAUGCUGAUAAUCUAUGUGCAAUUAUAUAACCAUGCAUAGGCAGUCAAAGUAAAGUAUGUAUAUAUCAUCGUUACACCGUGAAACCCAAACAAAUGAUUGCAAAGAGUACAUCUAAGUAAAAACCAUAACGGCGUGCCAUCUCCUGCAAACAACGGUUAACGCCGCGGCUGCCAGAAAUCCCAACCCCGUUCCGUGUGUGCCAUUUCCAUCUAUCAGCUAAACUACCACGAUCCCACCCAUCCAAUUUUGAACAAUUUGUAACCACUCUCAUCAGCCCGACCCACACCUCCUUGUUUAACAAAGCUCUCCCUUUCGAGGACAGCAAGCUCCGGGAUGUCACCAGAGCUGACAACGGACGCGUCAGGAAACGUCUCCUCAACCGUAUGAUCCAGGUUCUCGUGUCUACCUGUCGUGCGCAGUGGCAUGAUCAACCAGAAGUAACCACCCUGGUAGUCACUUUCAGAUGAAGGUCGCGUUAAAAGCCGCUCAACGCACGCUUUGAUCCACCGAGAGUGGUGAGGAUGGUAGAUAACAUCAGCUGCAAGGAUCACGUCGAAUCGUUGUCCUUCAAAUGAUGAAUAAUCGGGAGAUUCCCAAUCGAGACGAAGAACCGAAACGGGGUUAGGUCCAGGCUCGCUGGAUGAGGGAGAGGAACGAGAAAAGUUGGUCGAAAUGUUGACAGCGAGGUUGGAUAGUACGGCCGGAUGAUAGUCCGUAGCUACAACUGGGUGAAAUAUGGGGACGGGUUGUGUCGAAGAACGCUGCUGCCGUUCUAGAAUUUUAGCAGCAGUAAUACUGAGAAGGCCGGUCCCUGCACCAAGUUCCAAAACUCUGGCCGAAGGCCUUCGCUCCAACAUGAACACGGAAGGAACGGCGGACAUCCUUUCGGCAAGCACGAUAGAGCUGGCCCAGCUCUGUAAACCGACGGAUGUAUGGUCUACAUCCGAUAGCGGGGCAUCGUUCAACUUGACAAGGAUAUCCGGAUGACCACCCCGACUUGGAAAAGAGAAUGAACGAGUGAGAGCGCAUUGUGCGGCUUGCUCCUCAUCGUCGUGGCCGUUGAAAGCGGAGAGAAUAGAAAUGGCCUUUUCGACCACGUUGGCUCUUGUCUCGUAUUCGUCCACGUCCUCCCCGCUCUCUAUUACCCAAGCAUCCGAACGAGCGAUGAAAGCAGUGACCCAUUUGAUCGCAAACGUGCGUUCGAAUGGAUCAGCACGUAAUAUUUCCACUGCCUCUUCGUCCUCUGACCCAUGCUCCAUCAACUGUUCUUCUUCGUCCUCGAUACUCUCUUCCUCUGCGGAUGCAUAACCAGAAUCAGGGACCGAGUCGUCAUGGAUUGUCUGCAAAUGUUUGCGGGUGGGCACUGCGAACUUGGUUGUAAAAGAGUGGGGAGGCCAGUAUAAUUGGCGCAGACUGUCGAGUGCACCGGAGAUGUAUACGGCGGUGAAUGUGAGAAGUUUUGAAAGCGGCGGGAGGUUGGAAGAAGGUGUCGAUAGCGCCGUAGGCAUUUUUGUUAGAAUUCUAGGGGAUCUUGGGAGUCUAUGAAGUGAAAGCGUUACUCUAAAAAAUCUAUGAGUCUAUGAGUCUAGAGAUAAACGACGGCGUGGACGGUUGAGAUCCACGCCGUCACAAGGUAAUGACAGGCAUUUUUGAAAGAGAUGGUGGAGGUAGAUGGACAAG